AUGGAAAACAAGAUCAUAUCUGAAAAUUUGAAGUAUUCUUCUAAUAGAGCAAUUGCUUCCCAGAAAAAAAUCAAAGAAGUGAGAGCUCGUCAAGAAUCAAAAAUACUACGAAGCAGUGCAUAUUGUUUUCCUCAUUAUUCACAACAGAUAACAUUCAUAAAUGAAUUAGCAGUUAGUAAAUCAGCUGCUACAAAUCAGAGGCGUAAAUGGUUUGAAAUUCAUCCACGGCCAAAAUCGCUGGUUCAGAAAGAUGAUAUUACUGAAUAUUUUAAAAGAAGCGAAACAAUUUCUGAAAUGGUACGGAGGAAAGAACUGUCACUUUUGCGCAUUAUACAGAAAAAAGAAGUGCUUAUGGAAUCCACAAAAACAGUAUCGAAAAUGCGACAGAAAAAGUUAUCCUUGCAAUCUUAUGAAAAGCGAGAAGCAUCGUCACAUCAUUUUAUUUCUUGGAAGCACAAGCAAAAAUAUUCAUCAUCACUGGACAUAUUUGAAAGAGAUUCUUCGAGUGUGAAUUCUAGCGAUAGAUUGGAUUCUCAUAAUCUGAAUUCUGGACUAACAUUGCAAAAGCGAUCGUCGUUAUCAACAUCGCUUCAAAUAGUAGAAGAUGAAAAUUAUGAAAGUUCUGAUGAUGAGCAAGAACCAAUGAUAGAUGUUGGUAGGGAUGAAAAUGGAAUGUAUGAAGUAGAACGUAUCCUUGCUAGAAAAAAAUCGGAGAAUAGAUGGCUUUAUUAUAUCAAAUGGGUUGGAUGGCCUUAUAAGCGAAGUUCGUGGCAAACUCGAUGUACGUUUGGGAAUAUGUCUGAAACGAUAAAAGAAUUUCAUGAUCGGGAAAGAGCACUUUCAGUUGUAGUACGUCACAAACAACAAUGGUCGCAACCGAAAAAAAUAUCACAGUUACACAGUCUUAUGCGUUGGGAAAAUGAAAUUAAUACUGUCUUACGACAGAACGGACAACAAAUUCUAUAUAUCUAUAACGAUGUCGAUUAUACGAGGCGCAGGCGUGAUUUCAAGUAUAUCACGGCAAAUAAGUGGUCAGCUGAAGCAAAAGCAUGCAUGACUUCGAUGAAUUGUAUUCGUGAGAGGCGCACUUGUGAGACGAAAAAAUAUGGUAGUGGAGGAAAGUGUUGCUCAGUGGAUGGACGUCGUUAUAUAGUGGCAAUAGUUCGUACGGAAACUCGUGGUUGGGGUAUUUUUGCUUUGGAAGAUAUACCACCAAAUGUAUUUGUUACUGAAUAUAUUGGAGAAGUGCUGACCGUUGCUGAAGGUGAUUCUCGUCAUGAUAGCAUGUAUCAGUUUGAGCUGAAUGGUUACAAUGAAAUAAAAUAUCUGAUUGAUGCAAAAUAUUACGGAAAUGAAGCUGCUUUUAUUAAUCAUUCCUGUGAUCCAAAUUUGGUUGCUAUUCCUGUUCAUGUUGAGCGCCUCGAUCAAUUCCAUCGAAUUGGACUUUUUAGCAAGUGUCAAAUUUCUCGAGGACAAGAGCUAACAUUGAACUAUUUUGUUGGGAAAUAUAAACCAAAAACGAUAUUAACAUCAAAAGAGGGGAGUAUGAAAUGCUCUUGUGGUGCUUUGAACUGUAUGCGGUAUUGGCCACGUCUUUCUGACAAUGCUAUUGACGAUAGUGGAAGCGAUGAUGAUAAUAAGGAAAAUAGUUUUGACAUCAAAGCUAUGAGUGCAUUCAGAUAG